UGGGCAUUUUACUGGAAAAAGAAACUAUAUAUGGUGGGAGUUGCCUAUUUAUUCCUCUUAGAAGAAUUGAAAAAAGCUAAGCAAGUAAACUAAUACAAUCAUAUCAUCUCUUUCUUUUUUGUAGAUAAAACUUUAAGGAAACAAUCCAAAAUUCAAUGGAACAAGAGUUUGAAGUAGAAGUAAAAAUAUUAUCAAAGGAAAUGGUAAAACCAUCAUUUCCACCCUCCUCUCACCCAACAACGUUCACCCUUUCCCUCAUCGAUCAAACUUUCCCUACCAUACAAGUCCCGAUACUCCUUUUCUUCACUGCCGAGUCCCCAACACCACAAGGCGGAGUAAAUAUAAGUGGCCUAAAAACAUCCCUUAGCCAAACACUCGACCAAUUCUUCCCUCUUGCAGGUCGACUCUUAGAUGAGUCGACCAUUUCUUGCAACCAUGAAGGCAUACCAUUUAUUGAAACUAAUGUCAAUUGUAAUCUCUCAGUUGCAUUGACGUCACCUCAUAAGUUGAAGUUGCUUACCAAGUUUCUCCCUCCCCCGGAGUUACAGUCAAUCUCAGAACUUGUCCCUUUAGCUUUUCAGAUCAAUGUUUUCCUAUGUGGAGGGGUUAUCAUUGGAUGCUACAUGCUCCAUAAAAUCCUUGACAUAGCUUCCCUAGGAACCUUCCUUAAGUAUUGGUCGAACCUCGCUAGUAAGCGUUUAAAUGACCUUGUCCAACCCAACUUUGCAGCCACUAUCAAUGCAUUUCCUCCCCUUCCUAAGCCCGAAUCCAAAUCUUCGCCUAUUUCAUCUUUGGAACCUCCACCUGUAUCAAAUAAUGUGAUUAAAAGUUUCUUAUUCGAUCCUAUUGCCAUAAGCAAACUUAAGGCCAAGGCAACAAGCGACCUAAUUCCUAAACCUACGGGAUUCGAGGCCGUGGCAGGGUUUGUAUGGGAGCAAACCUUGGCCACGAGGCUUAAUUUGGGAAUGCAGGUUGAACAUACAGCGUUAUCAAUUGUUGUGAACAUGCGGCCGAGGAUGAACCCGCCACUCCCUAAAGAAUCCAUGGGUAACCCCAUCACAAUCGCACAAACACAAGUACGUAAACAUGUACUAGAGGCUAAUAAAAGUAGCAACUCUGAGCUUCAAGAACUUGUUAAAGAAAUCCAUUCAGCUUUGUCCAAUACCUACCAAAAAAUAACAAGUAUAAAUUUUCAAAGGAAAACUGCGGAAGCUGAGUUACAACAUUCUAUUCAACUUGAGGACGGCAUCUUAAGAGUUAGCAGCUGGUGCAAAAUGGGUUUGAAUGAGGUAGAUUUCGGGUUCGGAAAGCCCGUAUGGAUUGUUCCUACAGAUGGAAUACAACCCCCUCAAUUUAGGAAUUUUUUCGUCCUAACUGAUUAUUGUCAUUCUAAUAGUGGAGAUGGAAUUGAAGCAUGGUUGGUUUUGGAGGAAAAAGAGAUGCAAAAUUUAGAGUCCAACCCAUAUUUUCUUGCCUUUGCUUCUCAUAAUUAAUCAUAAAACCCACAAGUUGCUCACUUUUAUUUCUUUGUUAAAUUGUCAUGCUUUUUAUGUGUUGUUUGGCCCAUUCAAUGCUUGGGAUAUAGUUAGUGUAACUAUUAAAAAAAAUUAAAAUGUGUUAUAUAUGAAACAGAAACAAGCAUAAA